UUGCAGGUGAUCAGUGGACAUUUGGGAUGGGUGAGAUGUAUUGCAGUUGAACCAGGGAAUCAGUGGUUUGUUACUGGUUCUGCUGACAGGACUAUAAAGAUUUGGGAUCUUGCAAGUGGCAAAUUAAAACUGUCUUUAACAGGACAUAUUAGUACAGUUCGAGGUGUAAUAGUCAGUGCAAGAAGUCCUUAUCUUUUCUCAUGUGGGGAAGACAAACAGGUGAAAUGUUGGGAUCUUGAAUAUAAUAAGGUUAUUAGGCAUUACCAUGGCCAUCUCAGCGCUGUGUAUGGUUUGGAUUUGCAUCCAACAAUAGAUGUGCUUGUAACUUGUAGCAGAGAUUCAACAGCACGUAUUUGGGAUGUAAGAACAAAAGCUAGUGUGCAUACAUUGUCAGGACACACAAAUGCUGUGGCAACAGUGAAGUGCCAAGCAGCAGAGCCACAGAUUAUCACAGGAAGUCAUGAUACCACCAUACGUCUCUGGGACAUGGUAGCAGGGAAAACACGGGUCACGUUAACAAAUCACAAGAAAUCCGUAAGAGCAGUUGUCUUGCAUCCAAGACAGUACACAUUUGCAUCUGGAUCUCCAGAUAAUAUAAAACAGUGGAAAUUCCCUGAUGGAAAUUUCAUCCAAAACCUUUCUGGCCAUAGUGCUAUUAUCAAUACAUUGGCUGUGAACUCAGAUGGAGUCCUGGUUUCGGGAGCUGACAACGGUACAAUGCACCUUUGGGAUUGGAGAACUGGGUACAACUUCCAGAGGGUGCAUGCAGCUGUACAGCCUGGCUCUUUGGACAGUGAAUCGGGAAUAUUUUCUUGUGCAUUUGACCAAUCUGAAAGCAGACUUCUUACAGCUGAAGCUGACAAAACUAUAAAAGUCUAUAAAGAAGAUGAUUCUGCGACUGAAGAAACUCAUCCUGUUAGCUGGAAACCUGAAAUCAUGAAGAGAAAACGAUUUUAAAUGAGACCAAACCUCCAUUGAUGUGCCAUAAUCCCAACCCUUUGUUACAUAGCCGAAACACUGCUAAAGCCAUUGCUCAGUUUGCAGUUUUUACAUUUUGUAUUGCUUUCUUCUCUGAGUUUUUCUCUUCUCCUAUAAUGCUUUCUUUUGGAAUUUAUCUUUUCUCUCAUCCUAGAAAAAUCAGCUGCAGUUAUUACAUGUACAUUACAUAGUGCUAUUAACUGUAGACCAUUAAAUGUUUGUGUGUCUUUCUGUGUGGAUGGAAGGUGGUGCUGUUUUCUUUCUGCCUUCUUGAUGAAGAAGUAAUGUUUGAAAUUUUGAUGAUUUUUUUUUUAAAAAAAACUUGCAUACUACUCUGUCCUAGGACCCUGAAUGGUAACAUUGUCAAGGGAAAACAAAAGCCAUUGUAGUAAUGAUUCACGUCCUUAAUACAAUGUGCUGCUUGUAAAGAUGUAAUCCAAUACAUUUCAUUUCCCCUAAAAUAGAAGACUUAACUGCAGUCUCGUAUGUUGAAUGUGCAUCGUUCUGCUUGAGUCACGGUUCUAUUUUUGCCUAUCCCAUGUUUGAAUCAUCAUUAAAAUUUUAUUGAAACAACCUUUUAAAAAUAA